UCCACUCUUAUCCUUUUAUCAUUUUGUUUUCACAGGGCUUGAGAGAAAAAGAGAGAGAAGAGAGAAUCCAUGUAGUAAAAAGUGAUGUCUCUUGAACAAUGCAACAAGAAGCUCUCUCUUUCCUCUCCUCCACUUUCCCUUCUCAUCAUCACCACCACCAUCAUCAUUUUCCCUCGUUUUCUCGCCUUCGCUUCCACAAUUUUCCCGCAUUUUCCUUCAAACCAAACACCUCUUCUUCUUCUUCACUCUUCUUCCCUCCCAAAUCCCCAGAUUUCCCCUCUUUCCCUUCCACCUCCGAAACCCUAGAAUCUGACAUCCACGAGAAGCUCCUUUACCUCGAUUCCCUCGGAAUCGACUUCCUCACUCUAAUCAAUCGCCACCCUCCUCUCCUCUCCGCCGCUCUCUCCGCCGUCAAAUCCGUCGUCGAUUACAUGACCACUCCUCCGAUCAAUUUCUCCUUGCCCGAUUUCCGCCGCCUCGUCUCCAUGUGCCCGGAGCUUCUCACUAACCCUCUAACCUCCCACACAAUCCCCGUCAUCACUUUCCUCCUCCGUGAAGUCGGCGUCGACGGCGUCUUCGAUCUCCGCCAAGCUUUACGCCGUCGUCCUCGUCUUCUCGCUUGCAGCGUCGAUUGCCAGCUCCGGCCAACGCUCUACUUUCUCCAGAGAGUCGGAAUACUCGAUCCACACAAACACACUUACCUCCUCUCCUGCAGCGUCGAACAAAAACUCCUCCCACGAAUCGAUUACUUCCAGAAACUGGGUUUCUCUCGGCGGACCGCGACUUCGAUGUUCAGGAGAUUCCCGCAGCUUUUCAAUUACAGCAUCGCCGAGAACUAUGAGCCGAAGCUGGAUUACUUGAUGGGAGAGAUGGGAAGAGACGUGAGAGAGAUACUUGAGUUUCCUCAGUAUUUCUCCUUCAGCUUAGAGAAUCGGAUCAAACCGAGACAUCAGGCUUGUGCGGAGAAAGGAGUGAGAUUCCCAUUGCCGGUGAUGUUGAAGACGAACGAAGCUGGGUUUCGGGAUACUUUGGAGGUAUGUUGUGAUUCUUCUCCGCCAUUGAAGACCUCGCCUUUCUACUGUACAAAUAAAGAUUCUUGAUUUAUAGAGUUUUGCCUAGGACAAUCGAACCUGGAAAGCAAGUGGUACAUUUUGUAUUGAAUGAUUCUGAAGAACUCAAAGCUUGAAGAAACCAAGUCUCUGCCUACAUUUUGAGAGAGAGAGAGAGAUCAUUUCUUGAUAGGAGAAAGAAUGUUCGUAUACAAUGUUGAUGGUAUUGAUAGUCCAGUUGCAUGGAAUGAAAAAUGUUUUUUUGGUCUACUUAUUGUCGAUCCCGAGAGAGUCAAGUGGAUACUGGAACCACUUCAAAUAUCUGAUUUGCACAGAAUGUGGUUCUAGAAUUGGAGGCAAGAGGAUGAAUAUGUGUAACCGGGUCGAAUCUUGAUGAUCCAGAGCUUUAGUCCUUUGGUAGUUGGUGAAUCUAGACUUCUCUGUUUUACAUGAUUUCUUUUCUUUUGUGGGCAUUUGGUUUCUUUCUCUUAUGAUAUUUGAAAGGUAUAAUCCUUUUUUUUUUUU